GCCCGCAACCCGCGCAUGGUGGACAAGUCUACCCGUGCCGCCACGCCGAGGCGUCCCCAGACACACAGUGUCCCUGCAGACGUCAGUUUGGCGCGCGAUCGCUCUCGCGAGUAUCAGUGACGCCGCGAGGCGGACAGUGCGGUGCCGACAACCCGUGAAGUGCAGUCGGAGUGAAGUGCAGUGGCUUGCAGUGUAGUGGCUUGCAGUGCAGUGGCUUGCAGUGUAGUGCAGUGAAGUGCACCGUAUUGGCGCGGGGCGCGCGGCGGUGAAGUGACUGAUGGAUGAGGACGCCGAUGACCCGCCCCUGCCGCCUGUCAGUGUGUCGUCGUGUGUGUGACAGUGUGCGUGACAACAGUGUGUGUGUCGGCGACAGCAUGGAUAACGCUGGUGACCUGAACCUGCCGGCCUGGAUCACGGAGUGGGUGGACAGUGUGGUGGAGGGCAACGCGCCGCCCCAGCGGGCGAGCGCCGCCACGAACGCCACGAACGCCAAGCACUGCGGCAGCGCGGAGAGCGUCCCCCAUGACGAGUUUGAGAACACGGAGAAGCGCAAGGAGAAGUCACGGGAUGCGGCGCGCUGCCGCCGCAGCCGUGAGAUGGAGAUCUUCUCGGACCUGAGCGACGCGCUGCCGCUGCCCGCCUCGGCCGUGGCGCACCUGGACAAGGCCUCCGUCAUGCGCCUCGCCAUCUGCUACCUCAAAGUGCGCAGCCUCAUCCACAUGGUGCCGGAGCAGGUGACGCCCAAGUGCGAGGUGGCCAGCGACCCGCUCGCCAUGAGCGCCAUGGAGGGCUUCCUGCUCGUGCUGUCCGCCGACGGCGACAUGGUGUUCCUGUCCGAGAACGUCCAGGACUACCUCGGCGUCAACCAGCUGGAGAUGAUGGGCCACAGCAUCUACGAGUUCAGCCACCCCUGCGACCACGACGAGAUCAAGGAGAUCCUGUCGGAGAAGUCCGUCGCGAACGGCGACCAGCGCUCCGUGGUGCCGCGCUCGUCCUUCCUCAGGAUGAAGUGCACCCUCACCAGCAAGGGCCGGAACGUGAACCUCAAGUCGGCCAGCUACAAGGUGAUCCACUACACUGGCCACAUGCUGACGGGCCCGACCGUGCCCAGGGCGGUGUGCCACGACAGCGACUCGGAGGGCGGCUCGACCGACGGCGCGCCGGGCUGCGGCGGCUGCGAGCUGGUGCCCCAGAAGUGCCUGGUGGCCAUCGGGGAGCCCAUCCCGCACCCGUCCAACAUCGAGAUCCCCCUGGACAAGCAGACGUUCCUCAGCAAGCACAGCCUCGACAUGAAGUUCACCUACGCCGACGACAAGAUCGGCGAGUUCCUGGGCUACGACCCCGCCGAGCUGGUUGGGAAGUCCAUGUACGAGUUCCACCACGCCAUGGACAGCGCCGUCGUGGAGAAGGGCUUCAAGUGCUUGUUCUCCAAGGGGCAGUGCCAGACGGGCCGCUUCCGCUUCCUGGCGUGCGGCGGCGGCUACGUGUGGGUGGUGACGCAGGCCACGCUGCUGUACGCGUCCAAGGGCGAGGCCAAGGGCCACAAGCCGCAGUCCGUGGUGUGCGUGCACUUCGUCACCAGUGGCAUCGAGGAGCGCGAUGAGAUCUUCGCCAGCAGCCAGCUGAGCUGCGUCCCCGCAGCGGUGCAGGCGGCCCCCUCCGCCGCGCCAGUGCCCGCCCAGGCCGCCAAGGCCGUCGGCGUGCCCGCGGCAGAGCCCAAGGCCGCCGCCAAGGCCGCCGCCAAGGCCGAGGCACCCGCCGCGCCGUCGGCCCCGCGCGUCCAGUCCGUGACGGCCACCCUGUUCAAGUCGGUGCCGGCCGAGCCCCAGGUCGCCGUGCCGGCCGUGCCCGAGGUGGUGGUGCUGCCCCCCGCCAGCCCCACGCCGCCGCUGCCGCCGCCGCCCUCGGUGGACAUCAGCGUCAACCAGUACAUCCGGCCCGACAUCUUCUCCCUCUCUCCCACCUUCUCGUCGUCCCUCUCGCCCGCCCUCUCCCCCGCGCUCUCGGACGGGCCGCUGCUGCGCCCCACCUCGGCCACCAGCAGCAUCUUCGCGGCGUCCCCGGCGCCCUCCUCGCCGACGCCGUCCUCGAGCACGCCGUCGUCGCCGUCCGUGUACCUGCGCCCGCAGGCCGCCACCGCCUCGAUCUUCGCGCCGCGCACCGAGGACAUGAACAAGGGCUUCCUCAUGUUCUCCGAGGACGAGGGGCUCACCAUGCUCAAGGACGAGCCGGAGGACCUGACGCACCUGGCGCCCACCGCCGGCGACGUGUGCGUGCCGCUGGAGGGGCCGUACCUGGGCGACAUGUUCGAGGACUUCAUGCUGUCCGACAGCGACAACUACUGCCCCCUGCUGGGCGACGUCGGCGACGACAACAGCAACUCCAAGUUCUUCUUGUACAGAGACAGCGACAGCGACCCCUCGCCCGGCGAGCUGUCGCCGUCCAGGCACUCGCGCCUCUUGCUCUCGCCCACACUGUCACCCACUCUCUCUUCAGCUCUCUCAGAGAGUCCCGGAGAGUGCAGUCUACCUUCCCUGUGCAGUCCAAGCCGGGCAGUGGAUCUGGACGACAACAUGACCUCUUUCAUGUCGCUGUCAGUGGACACUGGCAUGACCAGCUUGUCCGACACAGAUGAUGAUCUGAGUUUACGAGCACCUUACAUACCCAUGGGGGAAGACCUACCUCUCAUUAUGUCGAAUGACCUCAUGUGGGGGUCUUCGUUACCUUACAAAAGCAGCUGCAGUAGUAGCAGAAGCAGCACGAGUGGGAGCAGUAGUAGCAGAAGUCCUGAUGACAGUGGUGGAGGCGACAACAGCAACAGUGGUGCCAGCAGCCCUUUCGACAGUUCUCAUAGCUGCUGGUCUCCUCAGCCACAGACAUCGAGCAAACCAGAUAUGAAUUCAAGUCUAGCAAGACUUUUACAGUCUAAUACAUCAUCUCAUAAUAAUCAGCGACAGUCAGCAUCUGAUCUGGUCGAUCCGUGUGAGGUGUUGGGUCAGAUAUAUUCUAAAAAACAAUCCUCAGCAUGGAGCGGUGCGCGCGGAGCAGGCCGCCCUGUUGCAGGGGCUUCUUACGCCCACAAGAGGGGAGCGAGUGGCUUGGGGCAGUACAUUGGAGCCAAGCGAGGCCGGUUAAAUGUGGCUGUGAAUCGUUCCAAGAAAGCACGAUCAGAUGUGCAUACUUCAGACUCAGUAUUGGUGUUGGAUGGUGCGCGGGCUGAGCACAAACCAGUUCCCUUACCUCAACCCAGCGACAGUGUUCUCAUGAACCUCUUGGGCCAGGACGGUAUGUUUAAGAUACCAAUUCAGAAGAAAGACGCUGUUGUUGCUCUAGGUAACCUAGUUGCAUCUGCAUCAUCUAUUCUCCGUGAGCUUGCUGGUGACAAGAUCCCAGAUGAUGCCCCAAUCGUCUUGCAGCCAGCAAAGCCACCAGAAUCUGGAUCGUCAAGUAAUACUUCGUUUAGGCCUGUGCCUAUGGGGAGGGAGCUGCUUCGUAAAAAUUCAUUCUCACUGCUGGAUCCCGAUGGCAUGAUACCAUCUCUUGCUGAUCUCAGCCAACAAGAUUAUGAUGUGAAUGCCCCUGUGUCCAGCCAAGGUAGUCUUCUGCAAGGGGAGGAAUUGCUGACAGCAUUAGAAAUGUCUGGUGCUGGCAAUAUUUUGUCAAUGGGAUAGUGUGAAGUUCUGAAUGAACUUGAAAACUGGUAAUGGUGUGUGUUACAUGAAAUCUUAGAUUUGUAGAUUAAGUUUAUCUUGAUGCUCUUACAAAAGCAGCGUCUCCUGGGGUGACCGUAUCUGCUUACCAGCCUUACUGAAGGUGUUGGGCAGUUGUUUUGUCUUUUUGCCAUAGAUAUGUUACUAGUUUCCCGAGCAACAGGACACUUCUUAUGAGGAUUCUUUACUGCCAUUUGUGUCAUCAAUGCCCACAAAUAUACAUAAAAAAAUAUUUCUUGUAUGACCAUGAAUCACAUCUAUUUUUUUUAACUCCAUUAACUUCAUGCAUGUAGUCAGUAUUUAAGUGAUCUUUAUUCCCCAAAUGAUUUUUAUCUUGUUAAAGAGAGUUUAAAAUUAAACAAUGGGCUGUGCACUGUUUGAUGAACUAUACUGUGGGAUUGUGAAGUGUCAUUUUUAUUCCUUUUUAUGUUCAUUUUUUAAAAUAGAGCGUUCUGAAAGAUUAGAGCAAAGUGAAAUUUCAAUUUCCAUCGAGGCUCAAGACAUAAUGUGUGUUUGCUUUUAUCUUUAUUCAUUUGACGAUUUACUCAAAUCUGUAAACCAGUAAGCGUUUCUUUAUUAUAAUGGAUAUUGUGUACUACUAUGUUAUUAUAAUACCAUUGAUUAAUGUGACUAAGAUACACCUUUUACCUACUGCUGUGUUCAUUCAUGACUAAUUAACAUGUUUGCUGAGCUCUCGUGGAUGGCCAGCCAAAGUAUGUGCAGCUAUUGUAAGACUUAAAGUUUGUACUUCUGCCUUCUCUCCUCAACCAUCAAAGACAACAGCGAGCAGUUCAAAGACUACCAUAAGUGGUACCUGAAUCCAAUCUAAGCUCUACGAUACAUUAAAGUGCCAUAAAAUGUUGUCCAGGAGAAAGCAGCGUCGUGAGCAAAUGAGUCUUUUCUGUUCUAUUGUUAUCUGUCGUAAAUUUUCUGCUCAGAUUUGAUGUUUCACCAUGGAGUGGAUUGUUUUUGGUGUAUAGAUUCUUAUUUCUUUGCAAGACAUGCUUCUUUCCGAUUCAUAGCACUCUUCUCGUAUUUCAUGUAGAUGUGAUUUUUGUCUUUAAGAUACCAGCAUGAACUAUGUUGUUUUGACUGUACGUUUGAGGAAAGUCUAGAAGAGAAAAAUAAGAGAGUAUGUCAGUUUUUUAUUUAGGUGGACUGCCAAUUUAUUGUAAAUACGUUAAUUCCUCGAAGUUAUAUAAUUUGAAGACCUUUCCCUCCCUCUGUAUUUACAAACUAAGAUCUUUUGCUCAUUAUGUUAUUGGUUUUCAUUUCAAUUUGCCAAGAUGAAAGCAAAGCUGCAAAAGAUGUUUGUGGUGUUGACCAGUUGUAGUGAAUGUAGUCUUUUGCUUUAGAGUAAGAGAAUGUGUAAUAUGUGUUAGAGCUAGCGGUAUGUCAAUAUGUCAGUUGCUUGUUGUAGUACAAUAUCACAAUUAUUUGAGCACUAUUCCUAAGGGUUUAUCAAUUUUAUUAUAAGGAAGCUCCCAUUGCAUUUCAUGAUCAUAUUUCAAUGAACCUCUGUCUUUUUCCACUAAGUAAAAAAAUGUUUUGCACUGAUUCUCUCAGUUUUUGUAAUUGGCAUGAAAACAGGUGCACAGAAUAUGUAUUGUUGGUUGGACACUGUUAAUACUUAUCAAGUCAUUUAUUCUGACCACAACAGUUCUGACUACAAAUUCACUUGUCCUUUUCCACAUUUAAACAUUCCUUAUCUUAUUUUUUUUAAAGAUACGUAAUUUGUUUCAUGGAUCAUUUGCCUCCGUCUUUGAUUUUUAUUUCUUUUAAUAUUUCACUAUGUGUGUGGAUUUGUUUUGAAUGCCACAUUACAAUUAAUGAUGGGAGCAGAAAUGUUAAGUGCGGUGUGGGAACGUGACUUUAGAUCUGUGACUAGCAAACAGAGUCCUGUUUCUAGUUAGAAACCAUGAAAUCUCCAUUAAUUUCUCCUUGAGAUGAGGAACUUUAUAACGGAGUUUUGUUUUGGCUUGCUUUAUUGGCAUGUUCCAACUCCGACAGAUCUGACCUAUCACAGGAAAAGAUGAGUCUUGAGGGAAAAUCUUUUCCUUUUUUUAUUUACAUAUAUAUUUUUUGUGUUAUUUGAAGCUUUUUCUUGAAAAUCAUGUUUUUAUUUGGUUUUGUUAGACUUCUGAAGCUAGAAUGUUUUAUUUACUCUUGCCUUGUUCAGUUUUCAAUUCUGGGUCGUGAUGGACUUUCAUUUCAGAAAUCAUUUUUGCUUUCUUUCCACUUUAAUAUAACGGAGUUCUUUGACUCUGUUGGUAUUGCAUGAAAGUAAUGUUAGUCUUAGAGGUUUGAUUCUUUGUUUUAUCAAAGACCAAACACAAUUAUUGUUCAGAGCCUCUCCAAAUAAAGAGUGAAAACCAUAA